AUGCGCCGCAAUCCAUUUCUCGCCGGUCUUGCGAAGGCUCUCACCACGAUGCGUACUGGCGAAACGAAGUCGCUAUUCAAUUACACCAGCGGGCGCUGGCUGUGGAACGAAGAGGCACAAUUAGCCGCCCGCUCCAUAUCAUUCAAUGUCGAGGCGUUGAAACAGGCGGCAUGUCGAGCGCUGCACGCGCAGUCCUGUGUCUCGCUGGAGAAGAUUGGUGAAGGCAAUUUUAACAAAGCCUUGCGACUGACUAUGUCGUGUGGCCGCACUAUCAUUGCCAAACUGCCGCAUCCAAAUGCCGGACCAGCAAAAUUGACGACUUCAUCAGAAGUAGCAACCAUGAACUAUGCGCGAUCUGUUCUCAAGUUGCCAGUUCCCAACGUUCUUGCCUGGAGUUGCACCAAGGAGAAUGCAGUCGAAUCCGAGUACAUUCUCAUGGAAGAGGCCAAGGGCUCCCAGUUAAGCUCUGUCUGGCAUAGCCUCCCCGUGAAAAGGAAAGCGCACAUCAUUCGGGAAAUUGUCCAGGUCGAGGCACAGAUGAUGAGUACGCCCUUUGACAUGUGAGCAUCAGCAUCAACGAUUAUCCGCCACGAAUCUCACACUAAAAGCGGCGGCCAACAGGAUAGGCUCCUUGUAUUUCAGCGACUCUGGCAUUUCGGGGUGCAAACCGACCACAAGCGACAUCAUCAACGCCGACAGCCACCGCUUUAGCAUCGGGCCUAUCGUGCGCAGCGAAUUUUGGGAGAAGGAGCGCGCUGUCAUGGGCCACAAGGGGCCGUGUAAGUGACUAACAGCUGCGUCAAACUCACACGAUGCUAAUUUACGGCAGGGACGUCGUCAACGCAGUAUCUCCAAUCUAUUGCGAAUCGAGAGAUAGAAUGGUUGCAAAAGUUUGCAGACCGCCAUCCACAGUCGCAUGACCCAUGGCAGUACGAAAGCCCACUGCAGGCUUCUGCGGAUGCUCACAUCGCUUCGCUCAACAAGCUCAAGGCUGUCAUUCCAGACAUAGUUCCGCGCGACGAAGAUUCGACGAGACCGAGAUUUUGGCAUCCUGACUUUCAUGCCGGCAACAUAUACGUCGACGAUGAGGCCAACAUCACCGCUAUCAUUGAUUGGCAGGGAGCGUGGAUCACUCCACCGUUUCUUGGAAUCAAUCCACCGUCGGUACUGGACUACGGGGUCGAUAUGUUAAUGAAGCUCCCGGACAACUUCAAGUCAUUAGACGAUGAUGAAAAAGAAAGGCUCCGAUACCAAGUAUCGCAGUCCCUGCUAAUAACCGCAUACGAGACCAAGACAGCCGAGAUCAAUCAGAUCCAUCACAAAGUGAUGCGAUUGAAUCAUGGUCAGACAUUGAAGCAGUUGGAAGCGUUUGCAAAUUCGACCUGGGAUGACGGUCUCUACCCUGUUAACGAGUGCCUGUUACGUGUCCAACGGUAUGUGAUGAGAAAUCUACACAUGCCAUCCGCUCUUGCUAAGUCUUGGCAGAGAAUGGUCACACUUUGGGCUCGAUAAGGAUUGCCAGUGUCCUUAUGAAUUCUCCGCAAGCGAAAUCCGGCAGCACGUUGAGGAGGCUGACAACUUCAACGAUAGUCAGCAGUUCUGGAGCAAUCUUCGAGGCAUCUUAUCGUCAGAUGGCUACACCACGAAUGAAGAUUAUCCACGGGCAGUCAAGCUUUUCGAAGAGUUGCAAAAGACGGCCGGCCGAUCUUCAACCUAG